AGUACACCGACGUCUAGAAUCUAGACUAUUAGAUGCAAUUAACAGUAAUGUCAUGUUCAAUAUUGCUUCAUGUUUUAUGAUCGAUCGAUUAUUCUGAAGCAUCAAUCCCCUCUGAUGUGAACGCAGGUGUCUUGCGUCUGGUUAAUGAUUGAUUACUGAGUACACAAUGUAUACUAGACAAUGUAAAUACUGGAAGGUUAAAGGUAAGACUACAACCUAUGCUUCUGCCUCCGGUUUUAACACAAGGAAGCCUCCACGAUCAAAAAGCUAUUCUUAAUUCUUAAAUACAGACCUCCGUGAAAAGUGAUUUCAUGUGCCAUUUAUGUUGGUUUAUAUGGAGUAUACGGAUUACCAUUCUUUUAUAUCUGCAUGCGGUAAAAGAUGACGUCAGUUUCGAGUAGGAAAGCCUAUUGAUCAUAAUCACAUCGGUGUGCGAAAUCUCUCCCGAUCUUUGUACUAUACAUCGAGGUCGUACCAGGAAUGUUAAACGAAGUAAUGGUUCGUGUUCGGUCGUAUCGGAUAGUUGCUUGGGCAGUCGGCGUGGUCGUUGUCGUCGUCAUAUUGAUGUGGUCGAGAGGUGAUAAUGAUACCACCAAGGUACUCCAGCCAGGGAAAGAUAACCUCGAUGUCGUCAAGGAAAUGCAUGAUGUAACAAAACCCAUUCCUUUGUCAUCUCAAAACAAAGAAGAUCUCAUCCGCCUUAUGAACACGACCUUGCGGUUUUGCCGGAUCGAACCGACAUCAGAAGUGAAACAAAGACUUCCUCGGAUAAAACCGUUCGACUGGACUCUCGAGUCGGAUAUCACCAGUCGGGUAAAUUCGACGUUUGAAGUCAUAGAUAAACAGAAAUUAUAUCACGUUUGUGAUCGUAUUCGGGUCAAGAUAACCGCAAGGAAUGGGCGGAACGAACAAAAGAAAUAUGGCGGGGACUACUUCCGGGCACGGAUCAUCACCAACGAUCAUAAAGGAAAUACGAAGUCUUCGAUGUCCGAUGGCGAGAUCGACGACCACGGUGAUGGAACGUACACGGCAACGUUCACUUUAAAGUGGCCCGGAGAGAUGGUGAUACGAAUCUACCUGGUGCACCCAAGCGAAGCAGUGUCAGUUCUCCAAAAGCAAAGCCAGUCUCAGCGAGCUAGAUAUUCCUACAAAGGAAUAUUCUGCUCAGACAAAGGGGUGGUCCAAGAAGAAAGGGAAUGUAAUGUCUUUCUGUCUCAAGCGACCAAACAUAUAUGCAAAUUCACUGACCGCCGGACGCGACUCUCUUGGUACUGCCACCAUCCCACAAUAGAGGGCCUGAAUUGCUCGCAUUGGUGUCGAUACAGAAGCGACUCUCGCUCAGCGAAUAUACAUAUGAUGACGUCAUUGACGGAAAGAGAGAAAAAAGUAUUACAGAUGUAUUCGGAGAAUACGUUGAAUCAGCUUCAUUCAGUGGACUAUACAAUCCAAGUGAAACCCGAUCGACAGCAUAGGAGGCAUUUCUUACCUCCGUGCAAACCUGGUGUCCAUGGCAACAGCUCGGCCUUCUCGGGAUAUUACGCACACGAUGACUGGAGAUCGCCAUACUGCAAUGUAAUGCGUUUUUCCUCGUCUCGCGGCGCCACUGUCGAAUGUUUGCGCGAGAAAACCCUCUUCUUCCUUGGGGAUACGACUGUGAAACAUCUUUUCAAUUACUUCCUGGUUCGCCUGGAAGGAAACUUUGAGAUCUUCAACGACCGGAAGUUAUUCUUCACGGGGAAGAAUUCUCCGAUUCUAGCCGUGGACAAGAAACAUCAGACCAACCUCAUAUUCCGCGCGCACGGGUACCCCAUCGCCGACGAUUCCGUAUAUGACACCCAGAAUAUCCAAUAUCUUGCGAACACCAUCGACGACAUGCAAGCCGGGGACGAGAGCGCCGUCAUCAUAUCGAUGUGGAGAUAUUUCACUCCGCACAACGUUUCGUUUUACGAAGAACGUAUCAAAACCGUAGUGGGAGCGGUAAAGAGAUUGCACGAGCGUAGCCCGAGAACGCUUGUGGUUUUUAACAGUCCUAAUACAGGAAACAUGGACACUUUGGAGAGUAUUGUGUACAGUAGUGACUGGUACGUUAGAUACCUUAAUGAGGUCUUAAGACGGGUACUGUCUGGGUACGAUCGCGUUGGGUUCCUUGAUUCGUGGGACAUGACGAACGCACAGCUCUUUCCACACCGGACCCAUCCGGUCGGGAUGCAUUCGCAGAAUCUAGCGGAUCAUCUUUUGUCAUAUAUAUGUCCAUCUAGCAAGUGAAGAAAGGACUUCAAGUUUGAGUAAUGACCGAGUUUCGAAUUUUCGAAUUUAAUUGCAGACCAUCGGCGUCCGGAACUGAUUGAUAAAGUGAAAUAUGUCAGAAAUGGAAUACAUUGGCUGAAUACCAAAGACAGAUGUUUUUUUUAAUAUAAUGUAGUAUUCCAAUACCAUUAUUCAUCAAAUACUGCUAUUGCGCCAAUGUCUUCGGUCUCAUUAAUACAUCACUGGAAACACCCCUUUCUAAACUUCAUUAAUUUUGCCAUAUUACCAAUACUCCAAUAUUGACAUAUUCUAAUUUGUAACCACUGUAUUGCAUUUGACAUGGCAGCAUGCUUCAUCGCAUGUGUUUGCAUUUAUCAAAUCAUAAUACUGUUACAUCAAACAGAAGUCAAACUUGAAAAUAUAACAUAAAAUUUCAAUUCGUUGUAUAAAAUAUCUUUACACUAUAAGACAAAUGCAGUGCUGUUAUGUUAUCAUUUAAGAAUACUACAUUUUGCGUAUCUAUCUCUCUGUAUUCAUCUUUCUAUCGACAACCCUCACAAUUAGUACCGUCCUAGUAAACAUCACAUCUGUGUUAAAAAUGAUAAAUUUGUAUCAUUUAAAAGUGAAUGGAUAAAUAUUACUUUGAUGUAGUUUUGUUAUUUUGAUUAUACUGUAAUUAAAUCAUACAUUUUUUGUGUUAUUUAUGUUAUGUAUAAUACUUUGUUAUGUUUUAUAAUAUGGUCAAAAAAUAUUUCGAAAUAAAUAUAUGAUACAGAAAAAAAAAUCACAAUCUCAUAUCUGCCAUUCUUAUUCUUAUCCCUUGCAUCUUUCAAUUUAUUUUUCUUGACAUUCUCUCGUACUUCUUCUGUCACUUUCGUCUCCUCUUCCUCUUUGUAACAAAGCUCUGUUCCUUUAUUUGGUAGAACAACCAAUUCCACCCAGACUAGUUCUCCCUUCAUCUCCCUCUUUCCCUCUCCCUCUCCUUUUCUCAAACCCAUUUUCCUUCUCUUUCUCUCCUCUCUUCAACAAUUGGUUCCCUCGUCUAUCUCUAUUUUUUCUCUUCUCACUGUGUUCGCGAACAUCCCCCUUCUCCCCUUUUCUCCUCUCUUCAACCAUUGGUUUCCUAUUUUCUGUCUCUGACAAUUUUUCUUUCUUCCUUCUGCAUUAUUUGCAAACAACUCCCCCCUUUCCUCUCAACAAUUGGUUCCCUCGUCU